AUGGCCUCCUCGGUGGUCAUGUUUUGCUCCUUCGCAGAGCUGAUGAGCAGGAAACAACGCUGUGGUUAUCUUAAAAAGGACAAAAGCCCGUGCGGUCGUGCAAUCACUCGAGCAAGCCAAGAUCUUGUGGAAUCACACCUUGCCAAAAUUGCCAGUAAUGCUGCCUCUCUAUCCGAAUCCUUCACGUCACUUGCACAGAUUGCCUUCUGUGGUCCGCACUUGAAGACUCGGGAUGCUGCCCGGGCUGAGGAGCAGUGGUACGACGAAUGGAACUCCACGGGCCAUGGCACUGAACAAGAGAAUGAACUUGCCACUGAAUUGCAUUCUCUUUCACUUCAAGUCAAUACUAGCCUUGAUGAGACUAGCUUUCAUGAAUUUGACGAAGAAGUUCUGCCAUCGCCGAUGACCUAUUCGUCCAUGGUGUCACCCUCGAAGGCUCUCAGAAAAGUAUUGAACACACCACCCAAUGAGAGAUCCAAGGGUGCGGGUUUCGUUUAUAUCAUUGCUUUGGAUGAUUCACCAGGGUUGUUCAAGGUUGGAUACACAGUGAACCCCGAGGUGCGCACGCAAAAACAUAAAAAAUGCCACAAAAACAUCAGGUUGCUUGACAAGCAAUUGACAGCUUGGGCUCCUCGGGUAGAGAAACUCGUUCAUGCGGAGCUCUCCACCUUUCAACUUCGGCAGAGCAAGAAGUGUCAUAACUGUGAGACUCUCCACCGGGAGAUAUUCAGAGUUUCUGAAAAGGAGAUCCGGGAAGUUCUGUACAAGUGGAUCGGAUUUUUUAUUGAGAAUCACAAUCCGUAUAACGAGGAUGGGACUCUAAAUGAGCAGGUGAAGCUACCCUAUCCCGCCUCUGGGGACGAAUUUCCAGAAUCAACUCCUACAAAGAAAGGUCCAAAGAAAAGUCGUAUGUCCACUAUGUCUAGUAAGAAAUAUUCUACUAAAGACGAGGACGAGGAUGAAGUAUUCAGUCAGAAAACGGGGGUUUCCCGGCUCAAUCUUCUGGGCUCUCAAUUAAGUGGGCUAAACCUUAAAGAUUAG